AUGAAUGAGGCGUCAUCUGAUCAUGAUAAAGAAACUUUACGCAAUUAUAUAAGACGAUACACCUUGGGAAUACUGGCUGAAUUAUACAUAAUAAGCGAGACAUUCCAGGAUAUUACAAAAUUAGCAAACACAAUGGAAUCAAUCGACGAAGAUACAAUUGAUGUGAACAACGUUACAAACAUGAGCAAUCCACCUAUAGAUGAAUAUGGAUACUAUUAUUACCAGAACAUAGACGAACUUCAAAAACCCCAAUAUCUACGAGAAAAAGAUCGUUUCAUUCUUACAAUUGUUAUCUACAGCAUUGCGUUUAUCAUUGGCAUUAUUGGCAAUUUACUUGUCGUGUUUGCCAUGUUGGGCGACAAAAAGGCAAGAAGUGUAACCACACUAUUUCUGGUCAGUUUAGCGGUGUCUGACCUCCUCUUCUUACUUAUAUGUGUGCCUUAUGAAACCUCGAGAUAUUUCUUGGGACAUUGGUCAGGAGGAAUGGCACUCUGUAAGAUAUCUGGCUUCUGUGAAAUGUUAUCAGCCGUUGCAUCCAUCCUCAACCUUACUGCAGUCAGUGUAGAGAGGUACAUUGUUAUCGUCCACCCAAUGCGUUCAAGGUCCUGGUGCACAAUAGGUAGUGCAAAGAAGAUUAUUGUGAUAGUGUGGAUUGCGUCAUGUCUCCUGUCUGCUCCAGUUGCUUAUGUUACUGGAUUACGAGAGGAUAAAUUCUACAAUGGCGACCAGAGACUAAUAAUGGCAGAAUGUAUUGACAGCUUGAUGAACAUGGAACGGUACAUCUUUGCAUGGUACCAAUUGAUUGUAAUGUUUGCUGUGCCGACAUAUAUCAUGGUAUUUUGUUAUGCCAGAGUGAUAUAUGUACUCUGGAUCAGUACGAAGGAGCUCGCCAAGAUGACACAAAGGUCUCAACAAAGAGAUAGCAGUCAUCAAAGGCUUGUUCAGGCAUCCAGUAACCACAGGGACAGUAGUGUCAUUAAAAAGGCUGCCAAAGACCAUAGUGCAGAUAUCCAAAAUGCCCGUAAACAGGUGAUCAAGAUGCUCAUCACAAUCAUCCUGGUGUUCUUGAUUUGUUGGGGCCCUAAGCUUAUCCUGAGAAUCAUCAGUCGAUAUCCCUUUAAAGACCAUAUGAACAGUUAUUGGCGGCAGGAUUUUGUUACUUUGAAGGUUGCAAUGAACCUGUUACCCUACAUACAGAGUGCAACCAAUCCAAUUGUAUAUGGGUUUAUGUCCUCUAGUUUCCGACGGAGUAUGAUGACAGCCUGUCGUAGUAAAGAUAGCAUUAGGAGCGUAACAAGGAGUGGGGGUGAUAUUGAGAUGGGGUCAAAGAGUAUAAAUGGGACAACACAGACAGGUUGGCACACCUCCUCUCGUUUCACCCCUUCACCAAGUCGGUCCAAGGAGUUUGGAUGCAAAGAUGUUGAGAGAGACUGCGCCCAAUAAAGGAUUGGUAUCGAUAUGGCGAACUGAAUUCAACAUUGUUUUUCUCUUAAACCAAUUGAAAACAUUCUGUAAAAACACGGUCCUUUAUAAUUAUGUAAGGUUGACUGAAUGACAACAAU